AUGUCCGGGAAGAACUUGGUGCUCUCCGCCGCGACCAAGACCACAAACUGGAAGAGACCCGACUUGGCAGUACACGCGAUGAAGGCGCCGCUGGAGGAAGCGGUAGCGGCUAAUGAAUCGAUCCUUCCUCGCAACACGGCCGAAGUUAUCUUACGAACCGCUGUCUGCGUUGACAGCAGCGGGAACUUCAUCCGAACGGUUCAUCUUCCUACCGGCAAAUAG